UCUCUUGACUUUUUGGAAAGCGCUCUAGUCUUUAAAUUCUGUCACCAAAUCUUUCAACAGCUUAUUUCUACAGAAUGAAGAUCCUUUACUAUCUCCUCCAUUUUCUGUGUUAUGCGACCUUCAUCCUACCAGCUACAUGUAACUUGGUGGAUGCUGAUCGUUGCACAAAACGUAAAGGUCUCUGUAAAAGGAACUGUCUUCUGAGUGAAAGGCAGAUUGACACCUGUUUCUCACCAACUAAGAUUUGCUGUUCUGAGAGGCUGUAUGAAGACGAAAGCAUAUUUUGAAAAGGAAGACAUCCCUCUGAACAAUGAAGUUAUACAUGCACCAGUGGAGAAAGGUAUAGGAAUAUAAUUAGGGCCUCUGAAAUAAAUAAUUAAACAUACGA